ACGGUUUAUGCGCGCUGAAAGACGUUCGAAGACGUUCGAUAGUAUGGGGGAUGGGUGGCUGUUGGAGGGUGAUUUGUCGUUGAUAUCAUCGACAUCGAUGCCCACCCGGAUUAUUGUUCGGGAGUAGUUCUAGCUAGGAUUGACUUUCACACUGCCUGCAUGCACCAUUCACAUCUCCUCGAUUGGAUUUGUCUUGUUUUUCGCCUAUUACCCCCUACUUCCUUUCGCGCCCCGCGCCUCCGCUCGCCCGGAUCCUUUAUAUCCAAUUAGGUCACAGGCCUCUUGUCUUGUCUUCACGUCCGUUUCUCCUCUUCGUCGUCUUUUACGUCCUCAUCGUCUCCCGCCUUCCCUCUUCUCCUCCGAUAACGACGUUGAACGCUGAUCACAAUUCUUCUUUCCCCCUACAGCGUUCCCCUUCCCUUCCAAGCCUCUUCAGUACGCUGAAGUACGCCUCAUCUCGCCCCGCCACCCACAAACUCUUUGUGUCUUCUUCCAUCGUAUGCACCUAGUUUGGUCAUCCGUAAGUCCCUCUUCUUUGCCAUCACUCUUCCUCAGAAGUCACUCGUCAGAGAACCACCUUCCCGCCGUCGCGGCCGGUGCCGGUGAGGCGAUCGCCCGCCCGCCCGCUCUCGUGGCCGCCAUGUUGUCGUGCGCCCCGUUGGCCUUGCCCGCCAGUUGUUCAUGCUGUUUCGAAGCAGCGGUCUUUCAAUCGCUCUCUGCUUCUCAAAGGGGGACGGUUGGUCGUCUGAGACUCUCCCCUCCACGCCCAUCUCUUUCAACAACUCUACCCACCUAGCGUGGUACUGGAGCUUUGUAAAGUUGGCGGCCGCGAUUGUGCAUGUGCAGCGCACCCUGCGAGAUGGAGACACCUUCUUCCCCAUGUACUACAGAUACUAACGCACAGUUGCCUUGUAGGACUCAGUUGAUCUCGCAGUCCCCAUCCCCAGCGGUUGGUUUACCUAUUGUCGACAUGAAGGACGUCUCAAAUUCUACCAGACCUCCCCGUCCCGCCGCCUACCCCAAGAAACGUCCAUCCCCCUAUGGCGUCUCAAAGUCCCGCAAACAAUCACCACUCUAUCCCCCUCAUCUCGUCGUCCGCAAGUCCCCUCGUGCGGCACGUGCCGAUCUGCUCACCCAACGACAGCGCGAGGCUCAAAUCCAAGCCCUACGUAGAGAAGGGGUCUACCUAGAAGAGGAGUAUCGUGAAGAGAUCCGAUUCUACAUGCACGAGAUGGAGCGGUUUACUAUGUCUUCAACAACGUCGAUGGAUCAACAGCCCGAAAUCGGGUGGCAUAUGCGUCCCUGUCUGGUUGAUUUUUUAGUAGAGAUUCACUUUACGUUUCGCCUCCGGCCAGAAACGCUCUAUCUCACAUUGAACAUCAUCGAUCGAUAUGUGUCCCGCCGUAUCGUGUACGUCAAGCACUAUCAACUUGUCGGUUGCGCUGCUCUUUGGAUCGCUGCCAAGUUCGAAGACGCGAAGGAGCGUGUACCUACUGUGCAAGACCUCGCCCAGAUCUGUCGCGAGACAUACGACGAGUCCGCUUUCAUCCAGAUGGAAGGUCAUGUCUUGGCUACCAUCCAGUGGACCCUUGGCCAUCCCACCGCAGAAGCAUGGCUGCGCAUGAUAUGCUGUGGCCCUCUUGUUGAAGAAAUGAAGGUGCAACAUGUCGCUCGGUUUCUAAUGGAGAUCACUCUCUUCUACAGGGAGUUCGUCCAGUACCCUCCAUCCUCCAUCGCUCUAGGCGCACUUACAUUGGCACGCUACCUGUGCGGCAAGGGUCGGCGCGUAUUCGAGGAGACCGCAGAAUGCCUUGAAAUUGUCGAGCAUCUGGACAAUCGCUUGGCCAAGCAUGUCAAUGACUUGUCAGAGACACUCGUCAAGAAGUACUCAUAUGCGUUCUACUCCAAGGCCGCGACAUUCGUAGUGCAGUACUACUUGGAGGGUGGCCGCUUCGAGCAUCAAACGAUGGCUACCUUGCCGAUGACCCCCGUCCGCACGUACUCGUCGAAGGUUAGCACUCCAAUGAGUGUCUCAACAACGGCGUCAGACCUAUCGGACGAUAUGCCCGCCACCCCUACCAGCCCGAUCUUUUCAAGCGAGUUCUUCUCAAGUUCGCAUAUGUCUGACGACAAGGAGAAUUGUCCAUCAUCUCCGACGUUCGAGCCUGUUAUCAAUAAGCACAACGUUGAUCCGACUCACGAGCAAUAUCUCCCCCAUGACUUCGUGUCCUUUGGGCGUCCAGCAUUACACAGCUUGAAUAUGGUUUCCCCGCGGCCAACGGCCAUAGUCUCAUGAGCUAGUCCCACCCCCUAUUGCGGACUCUCGUCUGUCAUCCCUCAACUGUUCUUUCUGUCCGCACAUCUGGUGUCAUAGGUUGUAAAAGGUCUCCCGUUGUCCGGUGCACUAGUUCAAGAACUCGCAAAAUGUAUCACCAUAGCGUACACGUCGUCCGCAUCGGCUUCAUCGCAUACAACUGUUUCUGCAAAUUCAACUUCAACAUUCAUCAUCAUCAUCAACAUCAUGCAUCCACCUCUCUCGCAAUUCUCUCUUCUCGUCUCCAUACCAGCAUCAUUGACAAAGCACGUGGAUGACAUUCAAGCGCACCACGCAAGUUAGGGGUGUCGGAAGAAACUCAAUCGCAUUGCGCUUCAAUGUAUCAAGCAAUGUUGUAAAACCAUACGGAUCGGUUCCAUUCCACUUCCGCCAUCCGUUGUUGGACCUCACUGUGUCUUGGCUCAUCCACCGAACAUUUGUCAACACAUUCAUUCCUCGUCUGUUACUCUAUGCAUCCCGUCGCUACCAACUUUUCCCUCCGAGUCGCUUUAUGCGAUGAGAUUCGACAGAUUCCGCCGUGUAUAUUCAAUUCACCUUUAAAUCCGGUCGCGUUCUUUUAUAUCUUAUUCUUCACUUUUAUUGUACAUUCUUUUUCCUCUUCCUUACCUCCACUUUUUUAUUUUUGUUUCAUCAAGCAUCAUCACAUCCUCAUCCGCACGCAUUUCAUUUCCAACUUCACAACUUCUCGUCAAUGUUGCUACCAUCCCCCUCUUCUGUCGUCUCAUAUCCAUCGCCUCACUGUCUCUCACUUCGCAAGAACGCCUGAAGGGCACCUUCGUCUCGCACAUUUGUCUACUCUUGCCGAGUCGCCUCAUUUGUGAAUCGCAAUAUCAGAUUAUUGGAAGCACAAGCCCCGG